AUGUCGUCAACUGCAACCUCCACAACGAUGUCGAAGGACGGUAAUCUCGAACUAUCUUCCUUCGUCACACAGCCACCACAAGCAGCAACAGAAGCUAGUUCGUCCUCAAGGAAGUCUCAUAGGCUUGGUACAUACGAUGACGAAAUCAGGAUAUCUACUACGCCUCCAAGGGGCAAGUCUAGCGUUGAUGUCGACAUUGAAUCUCAACCACCGUCACCCACUAGGGACUCUGAUACUCCACCAGAGAGAGCAGUUACGGCGCAUAAUACAGCCAUGGAAUAUAACGUUCGGUGGAAAACCGCCGCCACAUUCUUUUCCUUAUGGAUGGCCGGGUUUCAGGAUGGUAGUACUGGCGCGUUGAUUCCAUAUCUAAAAGUUAGGUAUGACAUUGGUUUGGCGUUCGUGGCUUUGGUUUAUAUUUCGACAUUCUUGGGCUGGUUUACGGCGGCGAUGAUAAAUGUUCAUUUGAUUGGGAAGUUGGGUAUGGGAGGGGUUUUGUUCGUAGGAAGUAUUUUACAAUUGACACAGUAUGUCCUACAAUGCUGGCAACCACCAUAUCCCCUUUUCGUUAUUGCAUUCUUCAUCGGAGGAAUUGGUGUCGCCAUCCAAGACGCCCAAACGAAUACGUUCAAUGCCAACCUUCCUCGUGCCCACCUCUUCUUGGGACUCGGCCACGGUUUCUAUGGCGUCGGUGCACUCGUUUCACCCCUGAUCGCUGCCACAAUCGCCAAUUCGACGCCGGAUUUUAGAUACUGGUACUAUUUCUACUUCGCUGCCGUCGGACUUGCAGUUUGUAAUCUUAUCUUCAUCUCUGUUACAUUCCGUGAAGUCAUAUUCCCGCCUCUCCUACGCAAACUUACAGGGAAGGCCUCGGCCGAAGACCUAGAACGGUCGGACAAGAAAAAUAGCAAAGAAUCACAUAAAGACUUCAAGGCCAUCAUCAGUAGGAAGGAGGUAUGGAUCUUCGCAGCCUACUUUUUUGCAUAUGUUGGUGCGGAAGUUACAGCUGGUGGAUGGGUCGUGGAGUUUAUGAUUGAAGUCAGAAAGGGCAAGCCGAGUCAGGUUGGAUAUAUUGGGUCUGCUUUCUGGGGCGGUUUGACUCUCGGUCGGUUUGUUCUUGCUGAGCCGACGAAUCGGUGGGGUGAACGCCGUAUGGUGCUCAUCUACACGGGUCUUGCGAUAGCUGUCGAAUUAGUAUUUUGGUUCGUGCCGAAUAUUGUAGUCAGUGGGGUUAUGAUUGGUCUCUUGGGUUUCCUGAUUGGACCAUUCUUCCCGGUAGGUAUUAGUCUGGCCACCAAGUUGAUCCCUCGAGAACUUCAUGCGGGGUCAAUCGGGUUUAUGACAGUGUUGGGUAGUGCUGGAGGGGCCGUUUUCCCAUUUUUAACGGGUGCGGUAGCCAGUUCGAAAGGUGUGCAGGUGUUGCAACCGAUUCUGUGUGCGCUGUUUGUGGUACAGAUUUUGUUGUGGCUGUGUAUUCCACGGGUAAAGCAGCCUUCGAAAUAG